GCAGCUCGAGGUCACGUCGGUUGGAGCCGAUGAUUAAAACGAGCGGAGAGUGGAAGCCUCGUGCGGUGAUGCCCUCUGAUUUCAUCUCGCUUCUCAGCGCGGAUUUGGAUCUUAAUUCGCCCAAGAGUUUGUAUUCCAAAGAAUCUGUGUAUGAUCUACUGCCAAAAGAGCUGCAGCUUCCCACUAGCGAGAUAAGUAUUGCAUCAAUGAGUCAGAAAAGUGGUGGUGAAGCAACAUCUCCUCCUUCAGCUGCAGUUGCUCCUGAUGUCUCCUCCAGCGGUGGUCAAAGCAGCACCUUCACCCCAUCUUCCAAUCCUAGCAUGCAUUCUACCUCAGUAACUGACAACACAUCUAUGCAAGUAGAUAGCUGCACUCCAGAACAGGGGGUAAGUGGCCAUGGGGUAAGUGAAUUACUGAGCUAUGAAAAUCAGUUAAGUAAUGCCCCACAGCUGCAGUCCAUGCCCAAAAGGAGGACAGUCCUCAACAUCUCUCCACCACCUGAAGACUUGCUGGAUGACAGCCGGAUGUCUUGUCAAGAUGAUGGAGGUGACUCUGAGCAGAGCAGCAAUAUUUGGAUGGAAGAGUCAGGCUCUAAUUUCAGCAUUAUGAGUUCCAGUUCGUACAAUGACAACACAACAGUGCCACGGAAGUCACGGAAACGUUCACCUAAACAACGACCAGGCUUUGUACGUGUGGAUGAUGAAGGGUCGAAUAUGGAUGUAUUUGAUGCAGACAGUGGACCAAAAAGAAUAACAGAGCCACAGAAAACUUCUUUAAAGAAGGGUCCAGCGCUAACUGGUCAUUAUCCUGGUAAAAGUGAGGGCAAAGAACUCAAAGUACUUGUUCAACCUGAGACACAACACCGGGCACGAUACUUGACAGAGGGUAGCCGUGGUUCUGUGAAAGAUCGGACGCAACAAGGUUUUCCAACUGUAAAGUUGGAAGGUUAUAAUGAACCAGUAACCUUACAAAUUUUUGUUGGGAAUGACUCUGGUCGAGUCAAACCUCAUGGUUUUUAUCAAGCUUGCAGAGUCACUGGACGAAAUACCACUCCUUGCAAGGAGGUGGAUAUUGAAGGAACAACUGUGAUUGAGGUCAGCCUGGACCCUGGAAACAACAUGACACUAGCGGUUGACUGUGUGGGAAUUUUGAAACUUCGAAAUGCUGAUGUUGAAGCGCGAAUUGGUGUUGCAGGAUCCAAGAAAAAAAGUACUCGUGCACGGUUGGUAUUCCGAGUUAAUAUUAUUCGUGCUGAUGGGUCUACUUUAACUCUGCAGACACCUUCAUCAUCCAUCCUAUGUACUCAACCAGCUGGAGCACCAGAGAUAUUGAAAAAAAGCUUGCACACUUGUACAGUGAAAGGAGGAGACGAAUUAUUUCUGAUUGGAAAAAAUUUUUUAAAAGGCACAAAGGUUAUUUUUCAAGAGAGUAAUUCUGAAGAGAAUAAUCCUUGGAAAGCAGAAGCUGAAAUUGACAUGGAACUUUUCCACCAGAAUCAUCUAAUUGUUAAAGUUCCUCCAUAUCACAAUCCACACAUAACGUCACCUGUUUCAGUUGGAAUUUAUGUCGUAACCAAUGCUGGAAGGUCACAUGAAAUGCAGCCUUUUACUUUCACCCCUGAUCCAGUGAGUUCCUCAGAUGUCAGUGUGAAGAAAGAAAUUCCUGUCCCACCAUGUUCUUUUGAAGAGACAAUGAAAGCUUCAGGAAUGAAAGUCCCAGGCUGUUCCUUGGAAGAAGCGGAUCUCCCUACUACUUUACUAUCACCCAUGCUGCCAUCAGUUGUGAUAAAGAAAGAAGCAACGACUCCAAUGGAUGUGGUAUCAAAUCAGACACCAUCUGCAGCUUUUGAAGUUCAAGAGGUGGGAGCAGGACAGCCACCUUUGGAAAUCUCUUCUAAUGUCCAAGCAAGUGCACCGUUCUCUGUAUCUGUAUCUGUGUCUCAUCAAGGGGGAGACACUGAACAAUGCCAGCAAAUUCAACCAAGUAUGUUUCCAAAUACAGAUACUUUGACAACUGUACAAAAACAAGACAUUUCUCAGCCAUGUGCUUUUCCAGCAUCUAAAUGUUCCAGCCAGCUCCAGAAUAAUGAAGGUUUGCUUCAACAAACAACCCAGUUUCACAAUGCUCACAUAUUGCUAGAUUCAAGGGAGGUACAAACAAGAGAAAUUUUGCAGGCUGAUGCAGCCAAGAUAUCCUUAUCCCAAAUUCCCGAGUCUGCACGGCAGCAAAAACAUCAGCACCAGAAGCAACAACAAUCAACGACACAAGCACAGGCUCAGGCCCUGCAAGAGCAUUCACCAAACUUAUUUCAACCAAAUGACAAUGUAUCACAGUUGCAGAAUGCUUUGCACUCUAUGCAACAAAGAAACUUUCAAACAAAUGCUAACAGUGGCAGAAGUGACAAUGUUAAUCUUGUUCAUCAAGCUUUGGAGGCAAGUCAGCAGCAAUUAACUUCUGUUUUAUUUACUGGAUCUAGCACAUCUGAGACAAUGCAGCAACCUGUGGAGCAGGUACAAGACCAGAUCAAUGCAGAUUUAUUCCAUCAAGUCAAUUCGAUGCAGAGCUCCCUCACUCAAGGUUUAUUCUCAAAUUCUGACAACACAUCGCUUCCUAGGUCAGACAAUGUUCUCUCUGCACCUGAGAAUUCAUUGUCAAAUCAACAAGUGUUAGAAACCUCGACAGACAUUUUGAUGGAAAUGCAACAGAACAUUUGCCCUGGAUCAGGACAACUCCAGUCAGACAUGUACCAAUCCUCUAAAGUAUUGAGUGCCCAAGGUUCUUUAAAUGGAGCCCUCCAGCAAGGUGAUAUUUUUCAGCAGUCCACUCAUGCUGUGUCUAGUUUGCAGUCCAGUGAUGAAAACCAGCAUCAAAUAUCCCACAGUGGAAUUUUUUCACCUGCUACAACUGUUGCAGGGAAAGAAAACAAAGGAAAUCCUCAGCAGGCAACUUCUUCCCCAAGUGUCUUUCAGUGCUCUAACUCAAUGGUUACAGUGGAAGAUACCUCAGUGCAGUCGAACCAGAGACAAACCAACAUGUUUGAGUCUAUUGUGCAGAUGCAGCAGAGUGGAGAUAGCCAGCCUCAAGUAACUUUGUUUUCUAAUACAGAUGGUAUGAUGCAUGUAAAAAGUGGUGGCUCUUCACAGCAAUCUGGGAUUUUUCAACAGGGUGGAGAAAUGUUGUCAAUGCAACCUGGAAACUUCCUGCAGCAAUCACAUCCAUCAUCUGAACUGUUCCAUCCACAAAAUUCUCUAAAUCAAGUUCAAAGUACAAGCCAUUCUCAAGAAUCACAGUCUGGACUUUAUCAUUGCUCUAGCACUAUGCUACAACAUCAGAACAAUGCUGCUUCCCAGGAUCAAGUACAGUCAACGUUGUUCCAUCCUCAAAAUUCAAUGGCAGUUCUUCAAGGUUCCUCAAUUGGCCAAGACCAGCAACAAAGCACACUCUUUCUUUCUCCAAACUCUUUGCCUCCACUUCAAGAUAGCAACAUGUCACAAGAUAAGCAACCAGUAAACUUCUAUUCACCCCAAAGCUCAAUCCAAGCACUCCAGAGUUCAGGAGAUCCUGAGCAGCAAUCUGUGAAUGUCUUUCAGACCCAGACUCUCGUGUCUCAGAUUCAGAGUACCAUGAUUCCUCAAGAGCAGCAACAUCAACAACAGAGUCUUUUUCAACAUCAGGUCACAAUGUCCUCUCCCCAGGCUAACACCUCUCCUCAAAAUCAGCAAGCAUCAAUGUUUCAGACCCAACAUUCAAUAGCUACACUGCACAACAAUACUUCACCUCAAGAUCAAUCUCAGAAUGUUCUUUUUAACUCUCAAAACACCAUUUCUCCAAUAAAUAGCAGCAUGACUUCCCAGGAGCAACAACAGAAUGUCCUUUUUAAUUCUCGGAGUACUGUGCAUUCUCAGAGUACCGUGCCUCCAAUGAAUACAAAUUUGGCUUCCCAGGAGCAGCAAAACCAAAAUCUUUUUCAUACUCAACCUAAUAUGGUGGCUGUUAAUCAAGAACAACAAUCAUCCAUGCAAUUCCAAAAUCAGACCACAGUUUCAACACUUCAAAAUAGUGGGACACGUCAGACAGAUGAACAACAGCCAUCAGUUUUUCACAACCAACCUCAAAUGCAGUUAGUUCAGAGUUCAGGAGAUUCUCAAAGUCAGCAGGUCACACUAUUCAUUUCCCAGACAUCAAUGUCUGCAUUGCAGAACGAUAUAAAUCAACAAGAGAUGCAACAGUCCACUAUUUUUAAUCCACAAAGUAACCUGUCUGUACUUCAGACCACCACAUCUGUACCAAGUCAACAACAAAGUUCACUUUUUCACCCACAAGGAACGAUGAAUCAGCUUCAAAGUACACCUGCACCUGCCCAACAACCUACUGGCUUGUAUUUGUUUGGAAUUCAAAAUGAUUGUGGACAGUUAAUGAAUAUAACAAAUGUAUCCCAAUCAUGUCCCACUGGACCAUCAACGUUAUCUGAUCAACUACUUGCGAUGAGCCAGCCAGGACAGGCACAGACUGAAGGACAAGCUGUUUCUACACUUCUUCCCCAGCAGAUGACUGACACAAGGCAACUGUCAUCAACCAUUACUGCAGAAGAGAACAUGGAAAAAAUUGAUGACAUCCUCGUGACUUUACAGAACCAAGGAAGCAACAUCAGCCGAUCUUUUAAUCCAUAGAGUUUUAUACAAUGCCAGUUUAAGAAGAUAUGAAGAAAUUUCGAACUUUGUGAAACUAGAAUGCUAUUGUAUGAAGGGAAAGCAGACUACAUGAUUGUUCUACGAAGGGAUUGAUAUUGCUUAUAUCCAUUUCAGCUUUUAAGCCAGUUCAUGUCCUCCAUUUCUAAACCUUUGAGUGCAUAAAUGCAAAUUUUUAAUAACUCCUUUACUUAUUAGCAUCUCACUCCAAAAGGUAAGCUAUCUUACAAAGUGUAAACCUACAAUUGAUCAACUUGCCAAGUGUUAAAAUGCUUUGAUGUAAUUGUAAUUAGGCAGUAACCAUUUAUGAUUGUCAAUAAACCCAUGGUAACUGUCGGUUAGCCAGGAAAUUAAGAAUGCUGAUAACAAAUUUAAAAAUGUGUUAUGUCGGUUAGAAAAUGCAUGAUCUGACUGUGGGAACUAUCCACAAAGCAUGAAUCCAUGAGGUAAUAAAAGGCAGUACACCCUGGCAACACCACUUCAGAAUUUAGCACAGACAAGGAGAUACAAAAGUCUUUUCAUCUGGGGUAGGAGCCAAUCUAGCAACAAUGAAGAUACUCAGCAAAUGGAAAAUGGAUUUAAUUAUUUUAUGUAUUUUGUCUAUACUAGAUUUUUUUAAAAACAUCUGUGAUCCUAAUAAACAGUGAUGUGGGAAGGCUAGCAAUCUCUCUAUAUUCUUCCAUUGGGUCCACAGAGUUUAUUUUUACUAUUGUAUUAUAAGCUCAGGAAUGAGUCUUCAGUUAACUUGGCCAUAUUCUGAUAGUAAACAAAGAAGCAAGAGAGAACUUAACUUGUGUUCCUAUCAGGAAACUCUGCUCACUAAUUCAGCAGCUCUUGAAAAGGCAGAGCUCACUAAAUCCAUGAAUAAAUAACUUGCAAAAAUCGGAACAGCUUAGUGCACUUGUAUGGAAUAAAUGCCAUCAUUGAUAUGAGAGGUGGCAUUGCAGACACUACAUUUGAGAUAUUAUACAUACAGCUUUCUGAAGCACUAUGUCAAAUUUAGCUAUAGUUGUCACUUCCAGUCCUGUUUUCAAAUGUCAGCUCUCUUGAUUACUUGCAUUGACAGUAUAUGUAACAUAUCCAUUAGCCCACAAAGGGAAAAUAACUUUUUCUGCCUCUACCUAGAGCCUGUUAAUUUUAAACCAGAGUCCUUUAUACCUUUGCUCACUGCCUGAAGCCUGUUCCAUCUGCAUCAUAAAGUUAUCUUCUCAACAGCAAUCAAAUAAAUGACCUUUCUACUCAUUAACAGAGGAUAGUCUAUCGGGCAGCAGUUAAAUAAUCAGUUAGCUCGGUUGAGCAUGUCUGUAUGGUUAUUUGAUUUGAAAAGGACCUGCAAACUCUUCCUCUUGUUUGCUAGGUAAUCUGAAUUUUAGGACCAUCUGUCCACCUGAUGUGUUAUUUAAGAACCAGGAGGCAGGGUUUAAACUUCUAAGCAACACAACGCCAUAGUUACUGAUUAGUCUAUAUUCACUUUUACAGGAUUGCAAGUAUAGGAGUAAUCACUGUUUACGUAAACAAACACUCUUAUGGAGACUCACUAGCUGGGUCACCUGCUGAGAAAAUAAAUGCUUGGAUGGUUUCGCUAGUGUUCAUUUGCAGAGAUUGCUACCUUCCUCGUUUCUGAAUGAUGAGUUUGAAUAUCAAUGCCACUUUGCAAACAAAUAUGCAUCAUACUGACUUUUGAUUUGGACAUCCAGGAUUGAAAUUGAAGAAAUGGGAAGCAUGCUGAUCUGUUUUCAUUUAGGUGGCAAAUGGAGUUAAACCGAUCUCGUAUGAAACUGCAACAAUCAGGAUAUAUCUAGUAGUCAUUAAGUAAUUCAAGGGUGCAAUUUCUUUAUUUGGAAAUUCCCACCCUAAUCUAAAUAAUUGGUGCCUUAUCUUUUACCUUCCUGAGUACCUUCUCUUCAUCCAGAAAGAUUUUUAAAAAUGGAGGGUAAUAGCCUUCAAGUUAUUCAGGUUAGUGGAUUGUGUGUUUGGGGUACUGCUUCAUGUAGUGGUCAAACCUAGCAAAACCCUUCACUCUAUUUGAAGAAAAUUUCAUAUUUUUGUUUCUCUGAUACUGUAGGAUUCCCAGUAUUAUUAAAUAGUGCCACUUAAGGAGGUCAGCUUUAUCUUACUCAGUUACUUUCAUUUUUAAUUGAAUUGUAAAUAAGUUGCACAUUUUCUUUUGCACACUAUAUACAAGAUCUAAUUCUCAAUUUUAGUAACUGAACAGUGACAGAGGUCAAAUGCAUAAUUAAAAAUUGUGUGCAUGAGAGGAAUUCUGAAACUGAGUGCAACAUUUGUGGUGAUGUAAGUUAAAUCACUUCUUAUACAUCUCCCAAUUGUUAUUUUUGAAUUGCAAAUGAUCUGGAAGCCAUUGCAAUUUUUAGAUCAUUGGGAACAUUUCCCCUGCAAGCUAAUCUCAACUGCUGUUUGCUGUUGUAUACUAGUAACAACUGACUUUCACUUAAAUUUGGAUUUGGACUCAGUGUUAAGCUUGUAAUGUUAAUAUGUAUCAGAAUUUGAAUAUAUUCCAUAACUUUAUACUUUCCUAAUUUAAAGUGAACUUUUACUAGCUACUUGAGUAUUAUACAGAUCUAAUGUAAAUAUUGUGUUUUUGGUACAGUUUAUCAUGAUGUCAAUCAGUAUUACGUUACAGGUAGCAAGUCAGGUUUCCUUGGUGCAAGGUACUUCUAUAGCAAUCUCUGAAAAGUGGUAAAAUAUCUGAUUGAGGAUACUUGGCCUAAAUCUAUCUACCUUCACUAAAACAACCCAAUUUUCUGUAACAUGUAAUUACUUGUCAACUUUAGCAGAAUUUAUUGACUAUUACUGGUUCCUAAUGUUCAUCCAUGCCUAAUAAUUAAAGUGAUUAUCUCUAUGGAGUGUAGAUAUGAUUGUACAUUUUUUAAAAAACACGAACAUAUCUUUGUGAAGCAGAAAUGGAUGUAAGACAAUACUUGAGCGGUCACUCUUUACCAAGAAAAAAGCUUUGUUUUCAUUUUUUUUGCAGCACUCUUAUUAGCACUUCUGGGAUGAGCUGGGUAUUGUAAGUGAAAUAACUCUUUUUCCUUUUGGGAAUAUAAAGCUCUUGGGGAGAAAAAUGUUGGCAAAUGUUUUUUACCAGUGAAAUUUCCAGCACUUUAUUCAGCUAAUAUUGUGACCAGUAAUUUCCCAUAAUGUUUGUGAUUUUUUUUCAGUCAACUGUCCACUGUACUACUUAAGAGUAUUUAUGUUUAUAAAAAAAAUUCUUUCUGUUUACUGUAAAUAUCGAAACUAUUUUCUUAUUGUGCAUAUUUUGAACCAUGCAAAAAAAAAGAUAAGCAGCUACUUCCCUUCAAUGAGGAUGUUUUUGGUCGUACAGGCUUGUUCUGAAGGGAGUUUCAGUUGCCUGACCAGCUUUUGGGUCAGUUGUUUUAAAUACAGAAUUUCUAUUCAGAUUUGUAUGGUUUAUACCUAUUGUAAGUUUCAUUUUUGGGAGGUUCUUUUUAUAUAUAUGUGUACAUGUAUAUACACGCAAAUAUAUAUAAAAUGGUAUAAUAUUUUGUUAUAUGUACUAAUUGAGUACAAUCAAAUAAUAACUUUACCACAUGUUUUUGUGGUGGCUUUGUGAAACUAUCAAAAUUAGUUUGAAAUGGCACUUUUGCUACCAUUUUUGACUGAUUUAAAUACUUGUUUUCAAAGGAAAUCAAAUAUUUAUGGGGCACACUGUGAAGUAACAGGGCUAAAUGUAUUUUAAAUAUGUCUUUUCAUGAGAAACCAUUUAAACAGAUCAUGCUGAAUGAAAAUGUAUUUUUAUUUUUUGAUUUUAGCACACCAUUGUUUUUAUCAAGAGACAAAACUGAAAUCUAAAAUCUGAUUUAAAAAAUUACGUAGACGAUCAUCUUUUGAGUUCACUAUUUAUACUAAAUAUUGUUUUGUCAUGUACUGUUCUGAUUCCAUUACUGCCUAUAAUCAUGGGAGCACAUGGUAGCAGCCUAAAUAGAUAAAAAAUGAAUAUAGGUUGCUGGCUAAAAACAAAACUGAAUUUAUUGUGCAUGUUAAUUCUUCACAUUUAUAUUACUAUUUAUGACUGUCUGUAAUCUUAUGUUUGUUCAGCAACAUCCCAUUCAAUUCAUAUUAUCAUAAAUAUCUCUAUGUAAUAAUAUAACUUCAGUCAUUUGUGUUUCUUAUUGUACAUGUCAAAUUGGCAUUAGUUUUGCUUUUUAUUGAGUAUCUUUAACAAAUUAAUUGAAUGAUAAGAUGAACCAAAUACUUCUAAAUAUUUUAGAUAAAUAUUCCAAAAUGUUGUUUUAUUUGAUUAAUUUAUCUUUAAAGACAUCAAGUAGUUAAAAUAUAAGGUACUUAUUUCCUUUUGGAUUGUUCAAUCCACAUUCAAGAGGUUUCCAUCAGAAGCUGUUUGUUUCCUCCAUGUCUCGUCCCAACUAUUCUGUUUCAUCAGAAUAAAAGUAUCCAUGUCCACUGGCUGUAAUAUUUGCUAAUUCAACCAAGUAAUUGUUAGACUUGCGGAACAAACUAACUUAACUAACAUGCUUCCAUUUGCAUGAACUUUUAAAAGCUAAUGGAUAGGAAAUCUGGGUACAAAUAAUUAUAGUGUCCAAGUAGUCAGGGAGCCUAAGGGUAACACAGCUAUUGCUUACCUUUCAUUAUCUGUCAUAUUACUGGUACUGUGUUCAGCUUUGAAAUACCCUGUUCAGUAAUUGAAGCAUGUCGUUUGCUUAGCUAAUUUUAUCUGAAUACUUUUGUACUGUGUUGAAAGGAAUAGGAAUGUCAUUCUUGCACAAUGGAUCAUAGCAAAAUUGUUGAUUUUUAAUUUAGCCAUGAAUUUUACAUUGAAUUGUUUUUCAUUGUGAGUAUUUAGGGCUAAAAUUAGGGUGACAGGCAUCUUUUACAAGAUAAAGAUUAUUAACAUAGCUUUCAUGCUUGAAAUAUUUGGUAUUACUAAACCAUUCACUCCUUAAAGUGCUCACUAGUUCCGUGGAAGAUCUGGAUCUAGAAAAUUAUUGCACCUCUCGAAUAGACAGUAAUUGAACCAGAGCUUUGCACAAAUUAUCAGCUUUGUGGAAAUCAGAGUUUUAAUACUACUGUUUCAUUGGAUCUUAUUAUGUUCAGUUAUAUAACAUUGAUAUUUUAUGUUGUGUAAGAAUGCUUCAUUUGGAAAGUACACAUGAUAAUUUUAUUGAUUCCACAUUUUCAAUAUUUACAGAUCACCAAAUCAGCAUAGCCCAAUGUUGUGUUUUUGCUUCUUUUAAGAUCAGCCCUCCACUUCGUGCAUAAAAUGAAGAAUUUUCCUUUACAUAUUCCUGAUAAUGACCUUAAGUAGUGCUGAUAUUCUGCAUGUUAAAAUUUAGUGUAGAAAUACAAGAUGUCCUUAUGAUUUGACAUUAAUUUUUGACAUUCUUGUAAUAACGAAGCUUGAUUUUUUUUUUAAUACACUUUUUAAUAAAAGUUGUAUUUGUGUCUUGGUUUGUUUCACUUGUAUUCUUCUCCUGUGGUUACUUAGCUUCACCCACCUGAAAAGCUCGGAUGUGCACGUCAUGUGAUAAACCAUGAACAUUAAUAAGUUGUCUGCUAUCAGACAACAUUCAAUUUCAUGAUUUUGCUGAGUUUAGAAAAACAUCAUCAAUUAUAAGCAACUACUGGAUGCCAGUGGAAAAAUUCACAGCUAUUUGGUCUAGACUCUAGUUGCCACCGUGGCUCAUAAUUUUAAUUGUUUUAAAUAUUGAGAAAAUUUAAUGUAAUUCUUUCUAAUUUAUAACUCACACUGGCAUACAAAUCUGCCUGGUAAAAAAUAAGAAUUUCCAGUUUUUGAAUAAACUAGAAGGCAUUAUUGGAAAUAAAAUAGGUUUUUUUUUGGUUUGUGGGGUGGUGCUAUGGAUUGCUGUGUUGCUGCUGAGAUUGUUUUGACAUAAACCUAUAUCCACUCCAGAUUUGUUUUCAGCGGUUUUUAGGAAACAAUGCUUAUUGUAUUUGUAAUCAGAGCAGACUGGUUUUGCUCAUUGUUAAUUGAGGACAACAGAUAUUAACCUUGUCGCAACUGUAGGAAUAAUGCAAACUGAAAUGUCUGCUUAGACACUGCAUCCAGAAGUUUUAUCAAAACGUAUGUAUAGGAAAAAUCAAGUCAACAUUUUUUUAAAUCCUAAAAUUAGUGCACCUUAUUUAAAAAUUGCACAGAUACUUAAAGUUGCCCAAAAUAGAUGAAAUCUGUAUAUUUUUGUGAUUUCUGCAGGUGUUCAAAUGUUGUAGAAUAUGGUUUCAUGUUGGAUAUUUUUGCAGUAGAUUUCAUUUGGUGAGUUACAGUGUAUUGCACUAUCAGAUCUGUAGAUGUUCUGAGAGCACAGCAUAUAUCCAGCACUCUAUAAUUUGGUGUAUAAUGAACAAUCAUGAGAAAAGAUGCAAUGUGUAAAUUACAUGUCCAAAACUGAUUUAGCAAAUAAACAAGAAAUGCUGUUCUAUAUUGCUAAAUUGAACUUGCAAUGCUUUUGUGUUGUCCCUUGACAUAGUCAAUAGAUGACUUUACUUAAACCUUUGUUUAUCAAGACAUUCUCCAUUUUUUCCUUGUUUUCAUUACUCUUUCACCCUUUCAUUGCCAACGCAGAGUUUUGUCUCAUAUUCAUUAAUACAGUCUCAAAAUGAAGACUGAGAUAAUAGACUUUUUUUUGUAUGUACAGAAACAUGGAAUGCCUCAUUAAUGUUUGAUUUCACUUCACAUUUUUAAAGGAAUGGUUUAGUGAUAACGUGUUUAAGUUUUUUUAGAAUUGUUUCCUAUUUGAAUGAAGUUUAUAAAGUAAUAAGGAAAAUACUUUGGAUGCUGGAAAUCUGAUAGAACAAAGUACUGGAAAUACUCAGCAGGUCUGGCAGCAUCUGUGGAUAGAGAAAUAGAGGUAAUGUACCUUUUGAGUCAAAUUUGAACUAGUAGGUGAAUCAGUAAGGCUGCUCUGGAAUAUGUAUGUGCAAUCAACAAAUUGGAAAUCAGUUUGAGUCACCAAAACUGUAUUGUGGGAGAACUCCACAUAUUAUAAAUUUAUUUUUUUUAAGUGAAACAUUUAAACAGUGAUCUUUACAGAAGGUUUUGAUACUUCACUAUAACAACAAAGUCAUGACUAUUAAGAACUUUUAAUUGAAGUGAGAUUUGUGCUAUAAUUGUCAACAUAUUAGUUUUUAAAACAACUAAUGUAAACAUACUAUAUUCUUCCUUUUAUUGUGGUACAAAAGCUAAUAAUCCAAAGUGUUGUCUUCAUUGUGAAUGGGAAUACAGUAUCAGUAGAUCAUGCCUGCUGUUUCUAAACCAAUCCCAUGUUACAUUCUUGUGACUGUAAAUUUAUUUUCCUUAAGUUCCCAUCAAAUUUGCAGCCAUUGCAUAAAAGCUUAGUUAUUACGUUCUGCAGCAGCUCUUGCCCAAUACUUUAAAUUCAUGUCUCUUAUUCUUUACGCAACCAAUGAAUGGGAACAACCUUUGUUUGUCCAUCUUGUCUAAGUCUCUCAUAAGAUUUAAUAGAGAUGUACAAAAUUAACUAAAUAGUAUUCUCUCCAAGGAUACACCCCUUUCAACUAAAUUCCCUCAAUUCUGGAAUCAUUCUGGUGUAUUUCCUUUACACCUUCUGAAGGAUCCUCACGUUGUUCCGAAGUCUAUUGAGCAGAACUGAACACACUACUUUAGAUUGGGCCUGAGCUGACUUCUAUUAAAAAAUCAACAUAAUUUAUCUGCUUUUUCACUCAGGUUUCACUCUCAGAAUGUCCUGCCACUUUCUAUGCAC